AUGCGGGUAUUCGCCAUAGAUUCCGGCUUCUUCCUGGUCCGCCCCACUGCUCCUGCUUUGGAGCUGUUCGAUCGGGUGGCGGCUCGGCUGGGGGCGGCGGCAAGAGGAGGGGGCGGUAUAUCGGGGCUGGUGAGCCCGCUGGUGGUGUUCAACGAAGAAAUGUUUUACCCUUCAAGGCCGGACUACAAGGGUGUGUUCAUCUCCCGACGUGUGCUGGACAUCCAUCGCUUCAUCAACUCAAAGGUUCUCUUCAAGGAGCUCAAGCGGGACUACGGCAGGCUGCAGUCUUUGGUGGGGUCAGCAGUGGCAGUUCAUAUCAAUUACCAUGUCGAUAAGCUCAUGCGGUUCUCAGCCGUCACCUCGUUCUUCAUGGACCGGGAGCGAGCUGCGUUUGACUCCUUAUCCUUGGCCUCCUCCUGA